AUGGCCGCCACCUGCGCAACAGUGGCCCCGCCGGAGCACCCCACGUAUGAUGUGUAUGCUGUGAUAGAUGCGGCGCUGGCAGAAGAUGCUGGUGACUUUGGAGACAUCUCCACCCUUUCUACUGUGCCUGAGGGCACCCAGGCCAGCGCUACCUUCCUGGCCAAGGCCGCAGGCGUGCUGGCAGGGUCCUGGGUGGCGCAUGCUGUGUUUGCCCGGGUAGACCCUGCGGUGCACCUCACAUGGCUGCGCAAGGAUGGGGAGCUGGUGCAGCAGGGGGAUACCAUUGCCGAAGCUUGCGGCAGCGCCAGGUCGAUUCUUGUGGCUGAGCGUGUGGCACUCAACUUUCUUCAGCGCAUGAGCGGUAUCGCCACGAUGACCCGCCAGAUGGUUGAUGCAGGCACUGCAGCCUCCGUGCUGGACACCCGCAAGACGGUGCCGGGCCUGCGGCUGCUUGACAAGUGGGCAGUUUCAAUCGGCAGCGGCAUGAAUCACCGCAUUGGCCUGUACGACAUGGUGAUGAUCAAGGACAACCACAUUGCUGCGGCUGGCGGCAUCGAAGCAGCGGUCAGGGGCGCAGAGGAGUUCAUGCGGGCCCGGGGCAUCCGGCGGCCGCUGGAAGUGGAGACGCGCACGCUGGACGAGGUGCGGGAGGUGCUGGCCAUUCUGGAUGCAGCGGGCGGCGGCGGUGGCGGCGCAGCGAGCUGCAGCAGCGGCAGCGGCAGCGGCAGCAUGAUCACGAGGAUCAUGCUGGAUAACAUGACCAAAAGGAGCGUGGGGGUGCCAGCGGGGCUGGAUGUGAGCACGCUGCGGGAGGCAGUGGAAUUGAUUGGGGAUCGGCAGGUGGAGACAGAGGCCUCUGGGAAUGUCACGCUGGACACAGUCAGGGUGAUUGCAGAGACCGGGGUGCGCUUCAUCUCAUGCGGUGCGCUGACCCACAGCGUCACGGCGCUCGACAUAUCCCUCAACAUCCAGACGCAGUGA